UCCCCUCCACUCCUGACUACCUGUUCUAAAGACGCCCCAGAGGCCCAGCUAGGGCCAGACUUCGGCCCCAUGCGGCUCACCCGCUGCCAGGCUGCCCUGGCAGCCGCCAUCACCCUCAACCUCCUGGUUCUCUUCUAUGUCUCGUGGCUGCAGCACCAGCCCAGGAACUCCCGGGCUCGGGGCCCCCAUCGGGCCCCUGCCGCUGGCCCCCGCGUCACGGUCCUGGUGCGGGAGUUCGAGGCUUUUGACAACGCGGUGCCGGAGCUGGUGGACUCCUUCCUGCAACAGGACCCAGCCCAGCCGGUGGUGGUGGCGGCCGACACGCUCCCCUACCC